AAAAGGAUAUGUAAUAUUCCUUGCUUAACAAUGUUACCGGCGCUAGCUCCUCACAUGCAUUGGCUUUUUCUAAAGUUCAAGCGUCCCCCAUUUCUCAAGGGAAACCUGAGAGUUGGGACCCCUCUUCCUCUGUUUCUCCAUAUAUAAAUUCAAACAGGCCCCGCAAGACUACGUACAGAUUGGUAAAAACAGCUAUCCAUAGAUCAAUCAAACAGAGUAAUUAGCUCAGUUCAGUGGAGUUACCAUGGAUGAUAUUGAGGAGGUACUUUCAGUGGAGGAGUUGUAUGCUAAGAGGCAGCUGGUCAGAAAAGAAGCCGGUGAUCAAGCCUCAGACAAGGAGGUGUGGGUCAGCUCGAUAUUAGAAUCGAACGAGCCGGAGUCGAGCAAAUCGUCGCAAAAAAUACGCAGGGUUCCGCAGAUGCUGCGAGAACAAGCCUCCAUUAAGAAGGAGUUCGAGAGAUUCUUUGAACCCAGGGUGGUGUCCAUCGGUCCUUACCACCACGGCAAUCCCAAGCUGAAGGUGGUGGAGGAGCUCAAGCCCAAGUUUGCACGUCGAUUCGUCUCCAAUAUUAAGAAUGCUGCUCGCUCAGAAAAUUCCAAUACUCAAGCUACGGAUGGAGAACCCGAUCAUGGAGAACUUCGCACUUCAAUCAACAAAUUGUCUGAUAAGAUUCGUAAGGAGAUCGAAGAGCUUAGGAAGGGCUAUGCGGAUGAGAACUCGACAAGCAAGUACAGUGACGAAGAUUUGGCGCGAAUGUUGUUCCUGGACGGGUGCUUCAUUCUGCAGUUCAUCGAGAACCGCCAGGAAAAGAACCCCGUACAACCGCAGAUGAUGAAGAGUCACUACGAGGCGUUCGUGGAGCAGGACUUGUUCUUGCUGGAGAACCAACUCCCCUUCAGAGUCCUUCAGAUUCUAGCGGAAGCUGCGGAAACAGAAGGUAGUUAUGGUGGCAAAAUGAAGAAAAUCGAGGAUUUCAUCAAUGACAACAAUAUGGUCGCAAAGCCGAAAUCAGACGAGAAAAACAAAUGGUGGGAAACCCAGCUGCCCGCCCAUCUCCUCGAGCUGCUGCGGAAAAUUCUCCUCAAUAACAAUCAACACAAGUCAGAGCCAGAUGGUGCCGCAAAAAAAUACGAGCAAAACACACAAACAAAACCAAAUAGAGCACAAGAAGUAAACAAGAAAAACACAGCAGCAAAUGCGGCUGGUUAUAAUCAUCCGCGCUUCAAUGGAAAAAAGAGUUUCGUCGCCUGCAUCGAUAAGAUCGGAGAAAAAAUAUUACCUAGCCAAACCGAAUCCAAUCGCUUCUCUUACCGCAACGUGAAGGAGCUCACGGCCGUGGGGAUCGAGAUGAAGUGCAGCAGGACUAGCAAUUUAACCGAUAUUUCCUUCGAUAGUCCCGUUUUCCUGUCCGGCCAAUUGAAGCUUCCCCCCAUCACCAUUGACGACUCGACCGGCCCCAAGUUCAUGAACUUGAUGGCCUAUGAAAUGUGCCCUGACGUCACCGAUGAUGAUUUAGGGGUCACGUCCUAUGUCUGCUUCCUCGACUCCCUCAUCGACCAUGCGGACGAUGUGAAGGAGCUGAGGAAGGCGCGCGUGAUCCACAACCUCCUCGGCAGCGACGAGGAGGUGGCCAAGCUCUUCAACGAUAUCGGCACCGACCUCGUGCCCAAUUCCAGGACUUACAGGGAGGUUAUGGAGAAGAUUGAGAGACACUACAAGAGUAAGGUAAGAUCAUGGAUUGCCCUUUUCAUUGACCGUCAUUUCAGUACGCCUUGGUCAUGCAUGGCCGCUUUGGCUGCCGUUUAUGUCCUCUUCCUCAGCAGUGCGCAAACCUACUUUCAAGUCUUCCCUCCACCCGGCGCUUGCGAUCCCAUUUGCGACUAUAUUAUUAGAAGAACACACAUAUGAUCAUCAAUGAGGCGGCUGAAACUGAUCAAAAUUAUUCAAUUGAUUAAUUGGUUUCAGUUCCCACUUUCUAUGUUUUUUUUUUUUUUUUUUUUUUGGCCAUAUAUUUUCUUACUCGCGCAAAUUAAGAAUAAGGGCUCCAUGUUACGUUCAUGGAACAAAAUAAGGAUGUCAUGAUAUUUUCCCCCUUCCAUUUCGUUUGUUUCAUGUUGCUCGGAGCAUGUUGUUGCGUCAAUUAAUGUUUGCUGCAGGAGUUGUCUCCUUAUUUGUUUCAAAGUAAAAAGUGUUUUUAGGAUUGGUUUC